ACGUGUCGUUUCCUUUUGAAGCUCUAAUGGACGAACAAAAUGCCUCCACGUCCUUCAGUUUCCAACAUGUUUGCAACGUCAAGUUUCCCUGUCCAAAUUGCAGCAGCGUAUUCAACCGGAAGAACAACUUACAGAAGCAUCUCAAGUACGAGUGUGGCCAGUUGCCAAGGUUCAAGUGUCCUUAUUGCGAGUAUUGUUCGAAGAAAACAUCCAACGUACGCGCGCACAUUCGGUCCAUUCACUCUGGCUAUACUGUAUACGUGAUCGAUCUUAAGUCGAGCUAUAUUAGUACUAUAUUUAAGACAGAUAUAUUUUUGUAUUUAGUCGAAAUAAAGUUUUUCCUUUAUUCGAACGCAUACAUCGUACGCACUUGGAAAAAAAAAAAGGGGGACUUCGGGCACGAUAGAGUAUCAUCAUUCGACUUGCUUAUCAUAACAAUAGUCACUGUUAGUGUUGUAAUUAAUUAUCCUAUCCCUUCCUCGGAAAAUCCUGCCCAUGGAUAUCGAUAUCUCAAAGUGUUCAAGGCGUCCAUAAAUGAUCUGGAACAUCUGGGUGGCUUCAAGAUACCACCGUACACCGUGGUGUCAAGACCAACGGUAUUUCUGGACCGGAACAAAGACAGAUUUCCCUGUCCAAAGUGUACAAGCACUUUCAACCGGAAGAACAAUUUGUAUUCACACAUAAAAUUCGAAUGCGGCCAGCUACCGAGAUUCGGUUGCCCGUAUUGCGAUUACGCAUCGAAGAAAUCUUCAAAUAUACGUGCUCAUGUACGUCGGAAGCAUCACGGUUGCAAUGUCAACGUUAUCAACGUGUCGCGUAAUACGACGUACGGGACUACAACGGAAGAUGAGAACUCUGGAAAGAUCGAGCAGAUCAUU